UAGAACAAGCCGCCCCACCACCCAAACGCUCUUCUUGGCCUUAAACAUUCUGCACGCUUAAUUUCAACGCCUUCCCACAAUCACAAACAAACAAUUUCUUCCUCUCUCACACUCCCACAACUUCCAUUCCUCUUUUAUAUAAAAAUUCUAGACCCCAAAUAUUUUCCACCAUUAACAAACCAAACGCCUCACUCUCAAAAAACAAUUAUGGCAAGCAAAGAGCCCGAUCACGAGCCCAGAGAAGACGAGGAAGCCCCCGUUGCCGAGGAUGAAGACACCGGAGCUCAAGUCGCCCCUAUCGUCAAGCUCGAUGAAGUUGCUGUCAGCACCGGCGAGGAAAACGAAGAUCCAAUGCUCGAUCUGAAGUCGAAGCUGUACCGAUUUGAUAAAGACGGGAAUCAAUGGAAAGAGAGAGGCGUUGGUACUGUGAAGCUGUUGAAGCACCAAGUGACCGGAAAAGUUCGCCUUGUUAUGAGGCAAUCUAAGACUCUCAAGAUCUGCGCCAAUCAUCUCGUGUUGCCGACUAUGACGGUGCAGGAGCACUCAGGGAACGACAAAUCGUGCUUAUGGCGCGCUUCUGACUUUGCAGAUGGUGAGCUGAAAGAUGAACUUUUCUGCAUUCGUUUUGCGUCUGUGGAAAAUUGCAAAGCCUUUGUGGAAAUGUUCCAAGAAGUUGCUAAGUCACAAAAACUGAAAGAGGAAAAUGAAGAUGGAUCUGCUGCUGCUGGACUACUUGAGAAGUUGAGCAUUGAGGAAAAGAAAAUUGAGGGUAAAGCUCAAGAGGAGAAGGCUGUUGCAGCGAAGGAAGAAACUGAGGGCAGUCAAGAUGUGCGUGUUCAUAAUGCUUUGGGUAAAAUUAUCCCAAAAAAUUCAUCAUCAAUGGUGAAGGAUCAAUCACCUUCCGUUUCAGAAGCCGUGCACAAGAUUCAACUCCACCUACUCGACGGAAUAGAAGACGAGAAACAACUAUUGGCCUCCGGUUCCCUUAUUUCUCGAAGCGACUACGAAGAUGUCGUAACGGAGAGGUCAAUUUCCAACAUUUGCGGUUACCCUCUGUGCCGAAACCCCUUACUGUCCAAACCUCAUCGAAAAGGCCGUUACCGAAUCUCUUUAAAAGAACAUAGAGUUUACGAUUUACAAGAAACUAACAUGUUUUGCUUCACCGAUUGCCUAAUUAAUAGCCGGGCUUUCGCUGGUAGUUUACAAGAAGAGAGGUGUUCGGUUUUGAAUCAUGAAAAACUUAAUGAGAUUUUGAGUUUGUUUGGGGACUUAGAUUUGGAUGAUGAGGGUUUGGGGAAGAAUGGGGAUUUAGGGUUUUCGAAUUUGAGGAUUAAAGAGAAGGGGGAAAUAAAAGCGGGGGAAGUUUUGUUAGUGGGUCCUUCCAAUGCUAUUGAAGGCUAUGUUCCACAAAGAGAGUUGAUUUCCAAGCCUUCACCUUCAAAAAUUAGCAAAAAUGAAGUGUUUGCCUCUAGUAUUUCCAAGCUGGGUAAUAGCAAAGGAGAUUUUUUUGUUAAUAAUGAGAUUGACUUUACUAGUGCUACGAUCAUGAACAAUGAGUAUACCAUUUCCAAGAAUACCAGUAGUUUUACACAGAGCCAAAGAAUGAAGCUGGGUAGUACAAAAGAAUAUUUUGUUACUAAUGAGAUGGAUUUUAAUUGUGAAAUAAUCAUGAAUGAUCAGUAUACUGUUUUGAAGACACCCUCAGGGUCAAGACAUAGUUGUUUUGGUUCAAAAGUGAAAGAAAUGGAAGGAAAAGGAAUUUGUAAAGACUUUGAGGAAAAAUGUCUGAUGUCAGGAUCCUCAUCUGCUUUGAGGGAAAAGGAUUCUAGCAUUGUAGAAUUGCCUCCAACAAGAAACAUCUACCAGAGUGGUCUGGAUACAAGUGCUGAAGCAAAGAAGGAAGCCCAUGCUAAUAAGGCAGCAACAUCAAGUGAGACUGUACUUAAAUCCUCUCUUAAAUCUGCAGGAGCAAAGAAACUUAAUCUCUCUAUUACUUGGGCUGAUAAUAAGAAAGUUGACAAUGCUCUUAAUGGCAACCUUUAUGAAGUUAAAGAAAUGGAUACGCUGAAAGGAGAUCCUGAAAUAUGUGGCAGUGCAGAAGAUGGUGAUGACGAAAAUAUGUUGCGAUUUGUAUCAGCAGAAGCUUGUUUGGCAUUGAGCAAGGCAGCAGAAGCUGUGGCAUUUGGAGAUUCUGAUGUCACUGAUGCUGUUUCUGAAGCUGGGCUUAUCAUAUUGCCAUGUCCAAGUGAGGCAGAAAAGAAGGAGCCUGUGAAGGAUGUUGAUGUGCUUGAACCAGAAACAGCCCCUGUAAAGUGGCCAACAAAAUCUGGGAUUCCACGUUCUGAUAUGUCUGACCCAAAGGACUCAUGGUUUGAUGCUCCGCCAGAAGGUUUCAGUUUGACUCUGUCAACUUUUGCAACCAUGUGGAAUGCUCUUUUUGAAUGGAUAACAUCAUCUUCUUUGGCUUAUAUCUAUGGAAGAGAUGAAAGUUUCUCUGAAGAGUACCUAACAGUCAACGGGAGAGAGUAUCCACAGAAGAUUGUCUUACAAGAUGGGUGUUCCUCUAAAAUUAAAGAUACUCUUGCUGGCUGUAUUUCUCGUGCUUUACCUGCUAUUGUUACUGAUCUCAGACUGCCAAUACCAAUAUCUACUUUGGAGCAAGGAUUGUGGCGCCUACUAGACACAAUGUCUUUUAUGGAAGCGCUUCCAGCAUUCAGAAUGAAACAGUGGCAAGUAAUUAUUCUUCUGUUUGUUGAUGCUCUUUCUGUAUCUAGAAUACCUGCCCUCACUGCACACAUGACUAAUGGGAGGACACUUCUUUAUAAGGUGUUGGAUGGUGCCCAAUUAAGUAUGGAAGAAUAUGAGGUUAUGAAGGAUCUCAUAAUACCACUUGGCCGAGCACCUCAUUUCUCUGCACAAAGUGGUGGUUGAUGUUAUAGUGAAGUCAUUACUCCAGCUCUUGCUGAUGGUAUUUGGAUAAUGUAUAUAACUCCCUUAUUUUUUUUUUCCUUGGAAGUUGUCAAAAAUUAUUCCAAGAUUCACUUAUGGACAUCCCAGAACUAUAAUUAGUUUGUUUUUGUCAAUGUAUGAUGGGAAUAUGGAAAUAUGCUAGUUGAAGGAUUGAAUUCUCUGGUGUUUUUAUUUUAUGGUUUUCUUUCCCACCCCAUUAGCUACCAUCACCUUCACUAUAAAUAUAAUUUGAUGCAAAAUCUAGGCACUGAUUUCUUCAUAUAUAUUCUUUUCUUUUAUUGAAAUAAGGAUUUGAGCUGAUAUUAUUAAUUAUAUAUAUCAAUAGCAGCAUUUGCUUGGUUUCUAGCUUACCCCUCAAUCUUGUUGAAUUUUUUCCCCCGAACCUCCUGUAUAC